AUGACAACGUCUUGUACUCUUGGCCAGCAUUCUUGCUGGCUUCUUAGUUCUUGCUGCUUGUACGAUAGCUUUAUCGUUGGGGCAGGGGCCACCCGCGGGGCCCUAAAGAAGGGGCCAGUAUUAAAAGCUACAGAUAAGAGCUGCAACAAAAAGCUCCGAACGUACCCUUUUCUUCUUCUCUUCCCUUCCGAGUACAACAAAGUAAGAGAGAAGAAACAGUCAAGAGAGACCGUUUUUUGCACUCAACCCAAACGUACUCCCGCUAUGAAACCAUUUACUAGCUUAUUAUGUGGACUGGGCCUGUCUACCACACUCGCCACGGCCAUCUCGCUGCAAAGACCGCUGGGUCUGGAUAAGGACAUCUUGCGCCAGACCGCAGAGAAGUUCGGAUUGGACUUGGACCUGGACCAUCUUUUGAAGGAGUUGGACUCCAACGUGCUGGACGCAUGGACAGAGAUGAACGACCUGUUCCCCAACCAGGUCAUGAGCCUGCAGACAUCGACCAAGCCUAAGUUCCCCGAGGCCAUUAAGACCAAGACGGACUGGGACUUCGUGGUCAAGAACGAUGCUAUCGAGAACUACCAGCUGCGUGUCAACAAGAUCAAAGACCCCAAAAUCCUGGGCAUCGACCCGGACGUGACGCAGUACACAGGUUACCUGGACGUUGAGGACGAAGACAAGCACUUUUUCUUCUGGUUUUUUGAAAGCAGAAACGACCCUGCCAAUGACCCGGUCAUCCUUUGGUUGAACGGUGGGCCUGGCUGCUCCUCGUUGACCGGGCUGUUCUUUGAACUGGGGCCUUCAUCCAUCGGGCCCGACUUGAAGCCCAUCGAAAACCCUUACUCUUGGAACAGCAACGCAUCUGUGAUCUUCCUUGACCAACCGGUCAACGUCGGUUUCUCCUACUCUGGGUCCGAAGGUGUUUCCAACACUGUCGCUGCAGGUAAGGACGUCUACAACUUCUUGGAGCUGUUUUUUGACCAGUUCCCCGAAUACGUCAACAAGGGUCAAGACUUCCACAUCGCUGGGGAGUCCUACGCUGGCCAUUACAUCCCUGUGUUUGCCUCUGAGAUUCUGUCCCACAAGGACAGAAACUUCAACUUGACCUCGGUCCUGAUUGGUAACGGUCUCACCGACCCAUUGACCCAGUACAACUACUACGAGCCAAUGGCUUGUGGUGAAGGUGGCGAACCUUCCGUUCUGCCCUCCGAAGAGUGUUCCGCCAUGGAGGACUCUUUGGAACGUUGUCUAGGUUUGAUCGAGUCGUGCUACAACUCCCAGUCCGUCUGGUCCUGUGUUCCAGCCACUAUCUACUGUAACAACGCCCAACUGGCUCCUUACCAACGUACCGGUAAAAACGUUUACGACAUCAGAAAGGAAUGUGAAGGCGGCAAUUUGUGCUACCCAGCAUUGCAAGACAUCGACGACUACUUGAACCAAGACUAUGUUAAGGAAGCUGUCGGCGCAGAAGUCGACCGUUAUGAAUCCUGUAAUUUCGACAUCAACAGAAACUUCCUGUUUGCAGGAGACUGGAUGAAGCCCUACCACACAGCCGUCACGGACCUUUUGAAUCAAGAUUUGCCCAUCCUGGUCUACGCUGGUGACAAGGACUUCAUCUGCAACUGGUUGGGUAACAAGGCAUGGACCGACGUCUUACCUUGGAAGUACGACGAAGAAUUCGCUGACCAAAAAAUACGUAACUGGACCGCUUCUAUCACCGACGAGGUCGCUGGUGAAGUCAAGUCUUACAAGCAUUUCACCUACUUAAGAGUCUUCAACGGUGGUCACAUGGUUCCAUUUGACGUCCCUGAAAACGCACUAAGUAUGGUUAACGAAUGGAUUCAUGGCGACCUAUCCUUAUAA